AUGAGCGACGUAGAAGCUGGCGCAGAGAAGAUCAUUCCGAAGGAAGUGCUUUCGGUCUUGAAAUUGUGUGGAAGAAGCUCGAAAGUUUGUGCUUCGAACGACCUGCUGCUGUCGUCAAUUGAUUUCAAACAACUGCAAGAUGCUUCGCAGGUCGUGCAAGAGCUGUCUGCCGAUGAACUCAGAGACAAAUUCCGUUGUCUGGACUACAGCGGAAAUGGGUUUCUGACUUUGGAGCAAUUAAUGUGCGUACUUCGAAAGUUUAUUAAAGCGGCUCAACAGAGUAGCGUCGGAUUACAGGAUCUUCUGGAGCGAUCAAUCGAUGAAGGACACAAGGCGGAUUCGGAUUGCAAAUCGGUCGAGAAAUUUGGGUUCUUCUCCUUCGACGUCGAAGGAGAUAUGUCAAUAUUGGUGUGUCAUCGGUAUGAAUUGAUCUUAGCUACAGAGCAGAAUGUCCAGAUCUCCAUCCGUUCACUGAAAGAGAUUGGCGGUCUAAAGCUGCAAAGACAUUGCGACGUGUGGCUAUUUGUCGUUGAUGCUGCCGGAAAUGUCGUAGGAUUCAGUGAUCAUGGGCAUGAAAAUGAUUCUGUCUAUUUUAGUGGAGUGCUUUCCACCGGCACCUACUUUAUUCUGCCAUUUACGUCGCAGUGCACGUUCAGACCAACGAAGGCGAAAGAAACUGGCAACAAUCCAAACUUGUUUAUAAUCGAUGCCAAUGGUGCCCUUAAGUUGGCCAAGGAAUUACGAAUGGUGCUGAUGAAUAUUUUUGACCUGUGCGACCUCGACGGUAACGGAACCAUCAGCAGGGAAGAAUUCGACAUAUACAGUUUGCGUACUGGUGAUAAGAGAGCAACAGACAAUGAAUGGCAAACGAUCAUCGACAGCUUCAGUUCGAAAAAUCACGAAUUGACUCUUAAAGGAUUUCUGGACCUCACCCAGAUGGAAGCUGAGGACAGCGCCGGUGACACCGCGGACAUGUGGACGUCAUUGGAAGCGAUGGGAUGCAACAAGUCUCUUGAGUUUGACAGAAUAGCACCGUACAGAGUAUGCGUAUCGCCGGAAAAAGAUUUAGUUUCUUUUCGAGUUAUGGAUAUUCAGCCGUGGAUCACGAUAUACAAAAACGCUAUUUUGCGCUACUUCUUUGAGAAUGCUCACUAUUUGCUUUCUGAUCAAUCUCUCGACGUCUACCUCUUCAAAACGAGGCGCUUGGCAGCUUCUGACGUUAGUUUGAGGUGCAUCAUUGACGUCCAGGAACCGUCUAAAUUCAAAUUCAGCGAGUCAAUUCCUUACCCAAAAGUUGCUCCAGCGCAAAGCGUUCAGGAACGUGGCCGAAAGUCACCUACGCCUAUCGAUCCGGAUUUUCUGGAAUUCUUGAACGAAGCAAAGCGAAAGAAGGGAGAGAAGAAGUUGGCAGAAUUCGAGGAAAUGCGCAAAAAGCUGUCAAACAAACCCCUCUAA